AAGAUUUUAUACCUAACCGAGGGCUGUGGGGACCACAGUCUCAGGGAACAUCUAGCUCCAUUGGCAUAGCAUAGUUUAUAAAGAAAAUGUUCUACAUUCUACUUAGGUAAGUAGCGUCUGGGGUCUUAAAAGCUUGAAGUGGCCAACUAAGAUACUUCACUGGUCCUGCCCCAUCUAGAGCAAGAAAGAAUGAAGAAAACAAAGACAUAAGGAAAAGAUUAGUCCAAAGGACAAAUGGACCACAACUACCACAGCCUCCACUGACUGAGUCCAGCACAACUAGAUGGUCCUUGGCUACCACCACUGACUGCUCUGACAGGAAUCACAAUAGAGGAUCCUAGACAGAGCUGGAAAAAAAUGUAGAACAAAAUUCUAACUCAAAAAAAAAAACAAAAAACCAGACUUACUGGCCUGACAGAGACUGGAGAAGCCCCAGAGUAUGGCCCCAGGCACCCUUAUAGCUCAGUAAUGAAGUCACUCCUGAGGUUCACCCUUCAGCCAAAGAUUAGACAGGCCCAUAAAACAAAACUUGCUGGACACACCAGCCCAGGGGCAAGGAUGAGAAGGCAGGAGGGGACAGGAAAGCUGGUAAUGGGGAACCCAAGGUUGAGAAGGGGAGAGUGUUGAUACCUCAUGGGGUUGACAACCAAUGUCACAAAACAUUAUGUGUAUCAAUUGUUUAAUGAGAAACUAGUUUGUUCUGUAAAUCUUCAUGUAAAGUACAAUAAAAAAAAGUUAAAAAAAAAAAGAUUUUAUACCUAACUACGUUUUCUACUCUUUGGAGUUCCAGUGUAUAGAUACAUUUGGUGUGGAUAUGUUUUUUCUGUGAAACCUGAAUGUUGUCUGUUCUCAGUAAUAGGCAUUUUUGCUUUGUGGCAGUAAUAAGGAUGUAUAUUCUUUUAUUUGUUGUACUUUAGAUGAAAUUACAGAGAAAAUAAGUUUCUUAUUAAACAAUUAAUACACAUAUUGUUUUGUGACAUUGGUUGCCAACCCUGAGACGUGCGAACACUCUCCCCUUCUCAGCCUUGGGUUCCCCGUUAUCAGCUUUCCUGCCCCCUACUGCCUUCUCAUCCUUGCACCUGGGCUGGUGUGCACAUUUAGUCUCAUUUUAUUUUAUGGGCCUGUCUAAUCUUUGGCUAAAGGGUAAACCUCAGGAGUGACUUCAUUACUGAGCUAAAAGGUUGUCUGGGGGCCAUACUCUUGGGAUUUCUCCAGUCUCUGUCAGACCAGUGGUAUGGUCUUUUUUUUGAGUUAGAAUUUUGUUCUACAUUAUUCUCCAGCUGUGUCCUGGACCCUCAAUUGUGGUCCCUGUCAGAGCAGUCAGUGGUGGUAGCCAGGCACCAUCUAGUUGUGCUAGACUCAGUCAGUGGAGGCUGUGGUAGUUGUGGCCCAUUAGUCCUUUGGACUAAUCUUUCCUUUGUGUCUUUGGUUUUCUUCAUUCUCCCUUGCUCCAGAUGGGGCAGGACCAGUGGAAUAUCUUAGAUGGCAGCUCACAAGCUUUUAAGACCCCAAACACUAGUCACUAAAGUAGGAUGUAGAAUAUUUUCUUUAUAAACUAUGUUAUGUCAGUUGAACUACAAGUCCCCUGAGAUCAUGUUCCCCAGCCCUAAGGAUGUAUAUUCAGCCUCUGCUCUAAAGUGCUUGAUUGCCUGCAUUCUCUCCUUGAAGGGAACAUACAGUAGAUCUGUUUAUAGUCUAAGCAAGUUGUCUCCACAGCUGAGGAUGAUAGCUGCUAGAGCCAUUAAUAAAUAUCAUCUGGCUAAGACCCUGCCCUUUUUUUUUUUUUUUGUAGUGAUAUUCAUCAUUUAUAAAAGCUAGAGUUUAGUUAUAGCUUUUCUUCUUAGAUUAGAAAAUAGGUCAGUACUUAAAUGUUAGGGUCUAUAACACAUUUGAUCAAGAUUGUGCAAACUUUGUAUGUUAUGUGUUUCCCUCUUCUUUUAUAUCCUACAAUGAAUGUCAAAGAGCAAAGAUGAUGUGAACUGCCUUUUGGUGAUGUAGGGGCAAAGGACUCACUCCAGUUGUUUAAGCCUAGAGGUAAAGAAUGAAAAAAGUGUAUCUUUUUUCUUAGAUCUGCCUUUGUGCAUUUGUCGUGAAUUCUUCUUUAUUUAAAAAGAAAAAAGACUAUUGAUGUAGAGAAGAUCAACUAGAUAGUUAUUUCCAGUUUAUAGACAAAGCAGUUUUGAUAUUAAAACUCAUUUAGAGAGAAGUUAGAUUUAGAAGUGGAUGACCAUUUUUCCUCCUCAUCCUUUCGUUUUAGAUUACAUAAACUGAGCCUGAAUACAUCAGGGAAUUAAAAAUAUAAGUAUAAAGAUUAAAUUGAGAUUUUAAGAGGGAAUUGAAAAUGGGGAACAGUUAACUGUUCUAAAGGAGGAAUGAUAUACAGAUGGCUUUUAAUAGGACUUUAAAAUAUUAAAACUCAGAAGAAAUAAGGAAAAAUUAAUCACGGGUACAUUUUUAAAAUUAAGGUUGAAGAGAAGUUGUUUAUAAAAUGUUGAAAUUAAACACCUUUUUGUAGUGAGAUAGAAGGAGGUGAUUAGCGAGAGCUUUGGCACAUCGUAGGCAAAUGUGAAAGAAGGGCAGUUAGAGUAGAUAAUGAAUUCUUAGAAGGAAGUUUAGUAGGCAAACUGUUUUAAUAAAUUCUAACAUUUUUUUACAUUAGUUGCUAAAUAAAUAUUAGGUAACAAAUUAUAUACCAUCUGUUUGACGUUACUUCAUCAUAUAUUCUGGAAUAUUCAAAAUUUUUAAAGCUAAAUUACAUUAACUUUCUCUUGGUAUAUGACUGUGGCAAUUAGAAUUGUGUCUAUUACCUGAAGUGUACCAACUUAGUAAUUUUGAAAUUAUUUCAUGAUCAGUGGGUAAAUGUACUUGUGUACUGUUGACAUAUGGAUGAUGUUGUGUACUGUCGAGUCAGUUCCGACACACAGCAACCCCAUAGGACGGAGUAGAACUGCCCCAUAGGGUUUCGUAGGCUAUGAUCUUUACAGAAGCAGAUUGCCAGGUCUUUCUCCUGCAGUGUUGCUUGUGGGUUCAAACUGCUGACCUCCGUUUAGCAGCUGGGUGCUUAAUUAUCCAUUGAGCUACCAAAAAACAAAACCUGCUGCCAUCAAGUCGAUUCCAACUCAUAGCAACCCUAUUAGGACAGAGUAGAACUGUUCUGUAGGGUUUCUAAGGUGCAGCUGGUGGAUUCGAACUACCAACCUUUUGGUUAGCAGCUGAGCUCUUAACUACCACACCACCAGGGCUCCACCCAAAACAAAAAAACCACACCCAUUGCUGUCAAGUCAGUUCCAACUCAUAGCCAUCGCAUAGGGUUUCCAAGGCUGUAAAUCUCUGUGGAAGCAAAUUGCAACAUCUUUCUGAGCCACUGGUGGUUUCAAACAGCCAACUUUUCUGUUAGCAGUCAAUCACUUUAACCAGUAUGCCACCAAGGCUCAUUGAGCCACCAGGGCCCCUCAAUCUAUGGGUAGGCAGUCUAUUUAUGCAUUCAGCAUGGACUGAUUGAGUACCUAUUAACUUCUGGGCACUGUGCUGACCAAAUCUGUUGCCAUCUAGUGGAUUCUGACUCAUAGUGACCCUAUAGGACAAGGUAGAACUGCCUCAUAGGAUUUCCAAGGCUUUUUUUUUAAUCUUCAUGGAAGCAGACUGCCACAUCUUUCUGCCUCGUAGCAGCUGCUGGGUUUGAACCUCCAGCCUUUUGGUUAGCAGCCAAGCACUUAACCACUGUGCUACCAGGGAUCCUGCUAGGCCCUGGGAUAUGAUGAUGGACAGAAAGCUCUUUGGCUGCCUGGAACUUAUUGUCUAGGAGUGAAGGCAACAGAAAAAUAGGCAAUUACAGUAGAAUAUGAUGAGUGCCAAAACAGGGAGGUGCACAGAGUACCUCAGAAGGACAUCUAAUUAGCUUUGCUUUUCGUGGUCUGCAUGGGGUGAUGACUGAACUGUGUUCUGAGAGCUGGCCAGAAGAGGGGCAUUUGGUGGGAAAAGGUCCAUUGCUUUGAGCGGAGGGAGGAGCCUUUUUUUAAGCUUGGUGAGAUAGAGGAACCCGGUGUGCCUAGAGCUGUGGGUAAGGUCCCCCACUGUCCACUUUUGGGUCUCAUCUCAUAGAUUGUAAUCUUCAAAGAUAGAAAUUGUAUCUGUUAAUGUUAUAUCCUUCACAGCUGCUGAGAAAAUGAUGUCUUCACAGUGUUUAAUAAAUAUAUUAAAGCUAGAAUCAUGUAAAUUAGACAUAGAGCAAAUGAAUUAAACUCAUAUUUAGUUACUUCUUUAAUAGAAUACUGAUUCUUUAAAGGAAACCCUGGUGGCGCUGUAGUUAAGAGCUAUGGCUGCUAACCAAAAGUUUGACAGUUCGAAUCCACUAGGUACUCCUUGGAAACCCUAUGGGGCAGUUCUGCUCUGUCCUAUGGGUCACUAUGAGUUGGAAUUGACUCGAUGGCAGUGGGCUUGGUUUUCUUGGUUUUGAUUCUUUAAAAUAAAAAAUUAUUUCAAAAGUAAUGUUUGUUAUAAAAAUUAGAUAGUAAAUAUGUUUUAUGAUUUUAUGUUUUUUAUGGUGUGUUUUGCUACACAGAGUUUUAGAAGAUAUUUCUGGUUAUUGAUGGAAGAGUUCUGACAACUCUGUCCUCUCUUCACUCUAAAUCAACUAAAAAGAAGAAAGAGAAUGAGCAACAGAAAGGAAACUCAAUUAUUGAUAACUACCAUAACCUUGUAAUCAGAGUAUAUGUUUAAGUGCUAUUUAAAAAAACCCUUUGCAGUCGAGUCGAUUCCGACUCGUAGUAACCCUGUAGGACAGAGUAGAACUGCCCCAUACGGUUUCCAAGGAGCGCCUGGUGGAUUCGAACUGCCAACCUUUUGGUUAGCAGCCAUAACUCUUAAACACUAUGCCAGCAGGAUUUCCCAGUGCUAUUUUUUUUUUUUUUUAUUAAGUGCAGUGAAAAUUGAACCAGGGCAAGUGAGGGUGUCAAGAAGGGGUGAUAUCCUCUGUAGAACUCAGGCAAAGUGAAGGGAGGAGCUUUAUCCCAAGUAGGUGGCAUACCUGAGGACCAAACCAAUAACCCUCAUGCUUUGGAAUGGCAAAGCUGAGCAUGUGCAUUGUGUUCCCUGAGUAGCAGGGGAAGUGAGGCCAAAUGACAAACUGUGCAGUCAUAACAUUUUUACGAGAAAGUCAGAGUGACCCCUGAGGGAGUAGGAGAGCAGUGGGAUGCAGACCCCAAAUUCUUGUAAAAAGACCAGAAUUAAUGGUCUGGCUGAGACUAGAAGGACCCCAGUGGUAAUGGCCCCCAGACCUUCUAUUGGCCCAGGGCAGGAACCAUUCCCAAAGCCAGCUCUUCAGACAGGGAUUGGACUGGACAAUGGGUUGGAGAGGGAUGCUGGUGAGGAGUGAGCUUCUUGGAUCAGGUGGACACUUGAGGCUAUGUUGGCAUCUCCUGCCUGGAGGGGAGAUGAGAGGGUGGAGGGGGUUAGAAGCUGACAAAAUGGACACAAAAAGAGAGAGUGGAGGGAGGGAGCAGGCUGUCUCAUUAGGGGAAGAGUAACUGGGAGUGUGUAGCAAGGUGUAUAUGGGUUUUUGUGUGGGAGACUGACUUGAUUUAUAAACUUUCACUUAAAGCACAAUAAAAAUUAAAAAAAAAAAAACAACAGAGUGGAGGAGAAGCUGGUGACAAGUGGCCUAGCUGAAGAGAAGUAAAGCCUAAAUUAUCAUCUCCUCAAAUCUGUGCCAUAUGGGCCCCUGUGAAUCAGAGAGGCUGGUCCAGUGUGGAGUCAUACCUCUAGGGAAGAACGUUGGUGAUAAACAUUUUCAGAAAUAGCAGAACAGGUGAAAGUUAUGAAUAAAUAGUUCCCUAUUUUUUUUUUUUAUUGGGGAGGGGAGAGUGUGUGCAUGGGAGGAAGACAUGGCCUCUGAAAAAAGGAUUUAAAGAUGAAAUACAAAAACUCUAGAAAUAAAUAAGACAACAGAAGGCAGUAAAAAUGAGCUAACUGAGUGAUGGAACCAGGGUACAAAAUGAAAGCGAAAAAUACAGUUGGAAGGUUCCUUUCAAAGCAGCACAUAUAUACUACAGCUGGGGAUGAUAGAGCCAAGCUUGAGAGAUUUGAGCAAUUCAAAAUGGAAAAAAUAAAAAUUAAGAAAGACUAGUGAGAGAGUGAUAGAUACGGGAUAUGGUAAAUCUAGCCUACCAAUAACUGGCAUCUCUGAAGAAAAGAACAGAAUUGGCAGAAAAUUUUUUCAAGACUUUAAAGAAGAGUUUCCCACAAUGAAAGAAGACUUGAAAUUCUACAACAGUUUCUAGUCUUUAAAUUUUAAAUUGUUGUUGUUGAUUUCACCUCAUAGCGACCCUAUAUGACAGCGUAGAACUCUGCCAUCGGGUUUCCUAGGCUUUAAUCUUUACGGGAACACAUCGCCAGAGGAGCAUCUGUUGGGUUCAAACCACCAGUCUUUUGGUUAGCAACCAAGGAUUAACCAUUGCACCACCAGGCUCCUUAGUAAUGACAUUGUGGUGCUGGUAUGUGCCAUAGAGUUGAUUCUGACUCAUAGUUACCAUCAUAGAGCGGGGCUAUAACUGCAUCGUAGGGUUUCCUAGGCUGUAAUCUUUAUGGAAGCACAUUGCCAGGUCUUUCUCCUGUGGAGCCACUUGUGGGUUCAAGCCGCCUGUGGGUUCGAACCAUCAACCUUUUGGUUAGUAGCCCAGCAUUUAACCGUUGUGCCACCAGGGCUCCUUUGUAAUGACAGUGGAUGUUAAUGACAUGAUAUCUAGUAUAUCAAAUAACAUGCCCUGGAAACAAUGAAUACUGUUUUUCAAAAAUACCUAUUAGGCCCCAAAGAAAAUCCCAGACAAAUCCAGAAAGUAGAGAUAACAUAAGCAGAUUAUACUCUCUAUUCUUAACUGGAACUCUAGAACAAAAGACAGCAUAAACUUUUAUCAUCUGAAAAAUUAAACAACCCUUCAGUCAAAGGAGAAAUUAAAAAAUCAGUCAGAAAAUACUGGUAAUAAAACUUCUGUGUGUUAGUACUUAUGGGAUAAUGGGUAAAACAGUAGUCAGAGAAAAUUUAUAGUUUGAAAUAAAUUACUCAAGAAAAGAAAGGAAUUCAACUCAAGAAGAUAGAAAAAAUAACAAAAUAAACUGAAAGAAAGAAGGUAUUAGCAAAGUUGAAAGCAGAAAUUUGAUAAAUUAGAACACAGAAAAAUGAAGAUACUAGUAAAUACAAGAGAGAUUUUUUGGAAAGGGUUGGUAAAAAUAUUAAAGAGAUAAACCUGAACUGAACCUAAUCGUGAACAAAAGGAGAAAGUACAAAUACCACGUGUGUGAACAUACACAGAAUAUGGGAAAGAACCACAGAUAUUUAGAAAAUUUAAUGUAAGAGGUUCCUGUGUUAAGUUCUGCGCAGAUAAGUUUGCAAGCCUGAACUUCUGUGCAAGAAAGCAUUAAGCCCAGGCAACCUUCUAAGGAACGUGCUAACUUAACUACAAAACCCAAAAAAAACCAUUGCCGUCGAGUUGAUUCCAACCAUAGCAACUGUGUAGGACAGAGUAGAACUCUGCCCCAUAGGGUUUCCAGGGAGCAACUAGUGAAUUCAAACUGCUGACCUUUUUGGUUAGCAGCCACGCUCUUAACCGCUGCACCACCAGGGCUCCAUUGUAACUAAAGUGCUUUUUAAAUUGUACAAGAAUAUAGAAAAAGAGAAACUUUUUUCAAUUCGUUUUCAUUUUUUUAUUGUAUCAAGUAUGUAUAUGAGAAAACAUUUGCCAAUUCAACAGUUUUUACAUGUACAAUCCUGUGACAUUGAUUACAUUUGUCAUGUUGUAUAACUAUUAUCUUUUUCCAGAUUUUCCACCACCAUUAACAGAAACUUAGUGUCCCCUAAGCAAUGACUCCCAUUUUCUCCCUUCCUGCCACCCUUGAUAACUAUUAAUAAGCUGUGGUCUCUAUUUGCCUAUAUCAUAUAAGUAGGAUCGUACAGUAUUUGUCAUUUUGGGAUUGACUUAUUUUACUCAGCAUAAUAUUUUCAAGGUUCAUCCAUGUUGUAGCAAAUAUCAGGACUUCAUUUCUCUUUCUGAGUAAUAUUCCACUGUAUGUGUAUAACAAAUUUUGUUUAUCCAUUCAUCUGUUGAUGGACAUUUAGGUUGUUUCCACCUUUUGGCUAUUAUGAAUAGUGCUUCAGUGAACAUUGGUGUACAAGUUUCUGUUUGCAUUCUUGCUUUCAAUUCUUCUGGGUAUACCUAGGAUUAGGAUUGCGGGGUCAUAUGGUAGUUCUAGGUUUAACUUUUUGAGGAACUGCCAAACUGUUUUCCACAGCAGCUGUACCAUUUUGCAUUCCCACCAGCAGGGAAGGAGGGUUCCAAUUUCUUCACAUCCUUGCCAAUACCUGUCAUUUUCUUUCUUUUCUUAUCAUAGCUGUUCUAGUGGGGGUGAAGUGGUGUCUCAUUUUGGUUUUGAUUUGCACUCCCUAAUGACAUGGGAUCACUGUGAGUCUAAAUAGACUUGAUGGUGACUAACAGCAACAGUGACUAACGAUGUUGAGCAGCUUGCCAUGUGCUUGUUGACCAUUUGUAUAUCUUUGGUGAAAUGUCUAUGCAACACCUUAACCCAUUUUUUAAUUGAGUUGUUUGUCUUUUUGUUAUGUCAUAGGAGUUCUUUAAAUAUUCUGGAUAUUAAACCCUCAUCAGAUAUAUGAUUCCCCAAAAUUUUCUUCAAAUAUGUAGGUUUUCUCUUUACUUUGUUGGAAAAUACUUUCAUAUGUAUAGACAUAGUCUAUAAUAGGCUUCUUUAUUCAUAAAGAUGAACUGAUUCUGUGAAUUACUUUUUCACUUAUAUCCAGAAUAUUUUUUCUUGAAGUUCAUGUAGAUUUACUUGAACUGAUUAGUGAAAAAUUUAUGUUUGUCAGGCGACGGACAGGGCACAGAGUGUAAAAAUUAAAGACCACAUGGGUUUGCUGUGAAACAUUUCCUGUUCUGAACAUGCAGACUUUCAGGACAGCUAAAUUUAAGUUUCAGUCAGACUUUUCUUUCCUGCACCUAAAAAGUGAAAGGAGAAAGCUGUUAUGUUUGUUCUGCAUUGAUACGUGAUUAGAUAUACUUAGUCAUGAACGUGAUUUUUACUAACCAUACAAAUACUUCAAGUGUUUCAUUUAUUUAUUUUUUUCCUAUUAGAGUAAGUGAAAUGUUUUUUAAGGGGAAUGUAAAUCCUCUAACUUUACCACUGGUGGGUAGAAUACAGUAAUGGUAAUAAGAAUGAAAAUGUAGGAGUAAUAGCAUCUUCCAUUUUUCUAGUGCUUAUCAUGUGUAAGGCAUGGUACUUGCUAUAUGACGUGGUUUGUAUCGUUUACUCCUUAGAGCCAGCCUGAUGGUGAUAACAUAGCUACUAUUAUUAUCCCUAUUUUACAGAUAAGGAAACUGGGAUUCAGAGAGGUUAAAUAAUUUGUUCAAGGAAGCACAGUAAGUGGCAAAUUUGGGACUUAAACAACCGUAUCUCCUGACUCCACAAGCAUUCGUGUAUCCUGUCAUUCACUGGUUUAAGAGAUUUCAUAUCCAGUUCAUUAAAGGAGAGGACAUUUCUUUUUUUUAAUCUUUAUUGUGCUUUAAGUGAAAGUUUACAAAUGAAGUCAGUCUCUCAUACAAAAAUUGAUAUACACCUUGCUAUAUACUCCUAGUUGGUCUCCCCCUAAUGAGACAACACACUCCUUCUUUCUACUCUAUUUUCGUGUCCAUUUGGCCAGCUUCUGACCCUCUUGCCCUCUCAUCUCCCCUCCAGACAGGAGCUGCCCACAUAGUCUCAUAUGUCUACUUGAUCCAAGAAGCAAGGAGAGGACAUUUCUUGAGUUUUUCUGUAGUUGUUAUCUAAGCUGUUCCCCCAGCCACUGGGUAACUUUGGGAGUAUGGAAGAGGGUGGGUUAGACCACGUUAGCUUGCUAAGGUCCUCACUUCACCAAUUAUUUAAUUCCAUUUCAUAUGGACUACAUAAACCAAACCAAAAGCAAACCUGUUGCCCUCAAGUCAACUCUGAAUGACAGCGACCCUGUAGAGGUAAUGGAUAGUGUGUAAUUUCUUCUUUCCAUUUUCUUAUUAUACCUCCAAAGACUCAUAAGCCAUGGUUAUUACCCUGUGUGGUACGAUUGGGAGAGAACCCUGAACUGAAAGAUACAAUCUGCUUCAUCUUGAUUCUGCAGCAUUCCAAACUGUGGUAUCCUUGGGGUUCUCUUAACAUUGCUAUGGUGCAGAAGAUUUAAAAUCAGCUGAUGUACACAAGGAAUAGAGUCACGUGAUGUAUGAAGGGAAACAUAUACACUUCUCUGAGGUUGACAAUAAGCCCUUGUGCUCAUAUAGCCCCAAACUGUGCAAGCAGCGGCGACUCAACGGCUACGCUUUCUGUAUCAGACACGUUCUGGAGGACAAGACUGCCCCCUUCAAGCAAUGUGAAUAUGUGGCCAAGUAUAACAGCCAACGCUGCACCAACCCCAUCCCCAAAUCAGAGGAUCGUAGGUACUGCAACAGCCACUUGCAGGUACUUGGCUUUAUCCCGAAAAAAGAGAGGAAGAAAAAGAAUGAUCCUAUAGAUGAGGUAAAGGUCAGGCACCAGAUGGAUACCAUGGCAUUUAGCCUGACGGUGCCCACAUUGGCCUUGAAGAUGCCCAACGGACUGGAUGGAGUGUCCCUCUCUCCACCAGGGGCAAGGGUCCCUCUCCACUACCUGGAAACUGAGUUGGAAGACCCGUUUGCUUUCAACGAGGAAGACGAUGACCUAAAGAAAGGGGCAACUGUGAGAAAGAAGUUGCAGAGCAAGUUGGCCCAGAAUCGGCAACGCCAGAGAGAGACAGAGAUUUUAAAAGUCCGACAAGAGCACUUUAGUCCCCCUCCUGCACCUUCGCAGCAGCAGCCUCCACAGCAGCACUCCCACCUGCCACCUUUAUCCACUUUAAAACCUCCAGCGCCACUGCAGGGUUUAGUCUGCAAGUCACCUCAACCUCAGAACACCAGCCUACCAAUGCAGGGAGUGGCACCCACCACACACACUAUAGCACAAGCAAGGCAGUUGUCUCACAAGAGACCUCUGCCCCUCCUGCCAUCUAGUAGGGCGCCCGUCGUGGACCCACCCAGGACUGACCGGGUCCUUAUGAAAGCCACAGCCUUCUCUCCACACUUCUCUUGCGUAAGUCGACUGCAGAGACUGGUGAAACUGUGCACCCAAAAACAUCAGUUGGAUACUGAUCUGUUUCCCCAUUUAGGGUUGGACUGGUCUGAAGAGAGUGGAGAGGAACUGGAGGACUCAGAGCAGGCAUCGCCAUACCAGGUUGCAUGGUCCAUCCGAGAAACCCUCAGAUAUGAUAGACACACGUCAGAUGAUGACGAUGCGGAGAGUAGGAGCUCCAGGGUGACCCAACUUUGCACUUACUUUCAGCAGAAAUAUAAGCACCUCUGCCGCCUGGAGCGGGCAGAAUCUCGUCAAAAGAAAUGCCGGCAUACAUUUAGGAAAGCCCUGCUGCAGGCGGCCAGUAGAGAGCCAGAAUGUACUGGGCAGUUAAUACAAGAACUGCGGCGAGCUGCAUGUAGUCGAACCAGCAUAAGCCGGACCAAGUUGAGAGAAGUGGAGCCCGCAGCAUGUAGUGGAACUGUGAAGGGUGAGCCCUGCACGAACCAAGCCCUUCCAUUCACCAGACACUGUUUCCAGCAUAUCCUCUUGAACCGCUCUCAGCAGCUCUUCUCAAGUUGCACGGCCAGGUUUGCAGACGGACAACAGUGCUCUGUGCCAGUUUUUGACAUUACACACCAGACACCUCUGUGUGAUGAACAUGCCAAAAAAAUGGAUAAUUUCUUGAGAGGAGAUAGCUCUCGUAAAGUUCAACACCAGCAGCAGAGGAAACCCAGGAAAAAAACCAAGCCUCCUGCACUUACCAAAAAACACAAGAAGAAGAGAAGGCGUGGACCUCGUAGACCCCAAAAACCCAUUCCCCCUGCAGUGCCCCAAGGGAACCUCAGCAUGCCCACCAGCGUCUCACUGCCAGUGGAGGCCUCCCAGAUCCGGAGCCCAUCCACGCCAGAGCUGAGUGCUGAUGAGUUGCCGGAUGACAUUGCCAAUGAGAUCACUGACAUUCCGCAUGACUUGGAAUUGAACCAGGAGGACUUUUCAGACGUCCUGCCACGGCUACCUGAUGACUUACAAGAUUUUGAUUUUUUUGAAGGAAAGAACGGAGACCUCCUUCCGACUACCGAAGAGGCCGAGGAACUGGAACGGGCCUUGCAGGCUGUAACGUCUCUCGAGUGCCUGAGUACCAUUGGGGUACUUACCCAGUCAGAUGGUGUCCCAGUCCAGGAGUUGUCAGAUAGAGGAAUAGGGGUGUUCUCCACAGGUACUGGAGCUUCAGGAAUUCAGUCCUUGAGCCGAGAAGUAAACACAGACCUAGGGGAGCUAUUAAAUGGGCGUAUAGUACAUGAUAAUUUUUCUAGUCUAGAGCUGGAUGAGAACCUGCUCCGUUCUGCUACCUUGUCUAACCCACCUACACCCCUGGCAGGGCAGAUCCAGGGGCAGUUCUCUGCCCCAGCCAACGUUGGCCUUACUUCUGCCACUCUGAUCAGCCAGAGUGCACUUGGGGAGAGAGCCUUCCCAGGACAGUUUCAUGGACUUCAUGAUGGCAGCCAUGCCUCCCAGAGGCCACAUCCUGCCCAGCUGCUGAGCAAGGCAGAUGACCUAAUCACCUCACGACAGCAAUACAGCAGUGAUCAUUCACACUCCUCUCCCCAUGGAAGCCAUUAUGAUAGUGAGCAUGUGCCGUCUCCCUACAGUGACCAUAUCACCUCUCCCCACACAUCUUACUCUGGUGAUAAUAUGGCAGCUACCUUCUCAGCAGAGAUGCCCAUCAUGGCACAGCACUUGCUCCCAACCCAACUUGAGGUGCCACUUGGAGGAGUGGUGAACCCCAGAACUCACUGGGGUAGUCUCCCUGUCAACCUCGGAGAUCCCUCGCCAUUUAGCAACCUUCUCGGCGCAGAUGGACAUCUUCUCUCCACUUCCCUAUCCACACCACCCACCACCUCGAGCUCAGAGACCACACAGCCUGCCUUCGCCACUGUGACCCCCAGCAGCUCCAGUGUGCUUCCGGGGUUACCACAGACCAGCUUCAGUGGCAUGGGGCCUUCUGCUGAACUAAUGGCCUCCACCUCUCCCAAGCAGCAGCUCCCUCAGUUCAGCGCAGCCUUUGGCCACCAGCUGAGUUCUCACAGUGGCAUUCCUAAGGACCUGCAGCCCAGCCACAGCUCUAUAGCCCCUCCUACAGGCUUCACAGUAACAGGUGCCACAGCUACAAGUACCAAUAAUGCAUCUUCUCCCUUUACCUCCCCUAACUGAGCAUGUCUGUGUGUUUGCAGGCCGGUGGGGAUCCCUGUGUUUUCUAUCUUUGUUUCCUCUUUAACACCCCUCUCCCCUUUUCCUAAAGAAGAUUUUAAAAUAACAGAUGGGGACUAGAGGGGAACUCGCUUUCCCAGUUAAGCAAGUUGCCCUGCAGUGGACCUUGCUUCAGUGUUCACAUGUGCUCCUUUGCACUGGUGCUCAUUCCCUCCUGGAAGGUUCACUCGACCCCCAUGGUGUCCUUAGUGGUUCAGCACAGUGACUGGAUAGCAUCGAUUUUUAGCAGCGAGCCCUAGAAGUGGAAGAUACCUCAGAUUACCAGUGCCCUUUACUAUUUCCUAGUAUUCAGAUCAAUGCUUUCCAUUCUAUUGCCAGAUUUUUAAAUAAGUGAUUUCAGAUAGGGUGAUCCUAUUAAUUGCGUUCCUGUGUAAGAGAUAGCAAAUGGUGUAUAGAGGCAGAAGAAGGCUCUGAUUUAGCACCAACUGCCAAACACCACAUUGAGGCCAGGAUUCCAUUCCUAAUUGUGAUCAUGUUUAACUAAAAAGAAGAAAAUUAGUCUUUUAAUCCCUGUGUCUAAGUGUGUGCCUGUGCGUGUGUUUUUGUGCCGGGCAGGAAGCAGCUGUCCCAUUGUUGUUAUUUUUUUUUUUCGUAAUGAGUGUAAGGCUCUUAUUUUUCUCCUUUCCCAUGCUUCACAGCCUUAAGCUUGGUCAUCCUUUCCCACUGAGUUAACUAAAGUUUCCCGAAUAGAGAGGGUGGUGAUCUGGCUGUAUGAAUAGCAAGACCCUUUUCUGCUAAAGGUUAGCCCAAGGAGAAAUAGAACACAAAAAACUGAAUUCAUGUCAGUGAUGUGGGGAUGUCAGGAAAAGCUUGUCUGCAGUGACUGCAAGGGUGCUGAGGUUCUGAGGCCCGUGGUCAUGCCGCCUUUUCUGACCUGCGUUUAUUUCUAAGACCCUCUCAUGGAAUUUACAAGAUAUAAUUAAAGAAAACAUUUUGCCGUGAAAAGCAGGAUAGGUCAGAUAGGUUUGGAAAGAUGGGAUCUGUGAACUCCUUGAUCCAUCUUUUGCUUUUGAAUUUUUCAUGUUUACAGUAGUGAUUCUUUGGUGAAAUUUGUAAAAUGCUGAAGAUACUUGUAGAACCAAUGUAUCGGUUGUGAAGUGAUGUAUAAUAUCUGAAGGAUACACAUUUUAAAGUUUCUUUCAAAGCAGAAUAUGAAAAUUAGACAUAAAUUCUACCUACCCUUUGGUACUUUUAUAAUAAUUUAAUCAUUUAGGUUUAAAUCAGUUUGGAAAUAGUUUGGGACAAUUUUUAAAAAGUACCAAGAUUUUAGGAUUAAAAAUCAUAUUGGGUAGUUGAGUAAGUUUGUGACUUUGAAAUGAAUAUGUGAGGUUUCUUCUUGCCUGCUUUUUUUUUUUUCAGAGAAGGGUGGAACUAGAUAUUUAAGGUGUCUGUCCUCUGCUUUUGCUGAGAAGUUUCGCUGACCCCUGAGAUACCAUUGGCUAUUUAUACCCAAGUCUAGUCUAAUUUACAUCUGUAUAUUUUAAAAGAUGAGUAGAGAGAGCAUAUCUGUUAAUGAUAUGGUACAGUAAUUCAUUUGUCAGGGAAUAUUUAAGCUUGACUCCGUUCUUCUAAUAGGUAAAGAUUUGGAUGUAUUUUCUUACUUCCUAUAUGUAUUCUCUUUAUGCCAUGCUAGUUCUAAUCAACCCCUUCUUUUGGAAGCUUUUCUUUCUUUGCUUUGUAAAGGAAUGAUGGUGAUCAGCAGGCAUUAUGCAGAUAACCACGUGCCUGGGAUUAUGGAGGGGAAAUGUCACAUGACUGUAUGAAAUCAUUAUAUGCCCUGUUUUGUAUUUAUUGAAGCUUCUUUUUGUGGGCCAAAAAUAUGUUUGUAAUAUAUUGAGUUUUUUUUUUUUAUCAUGAAAAUCGAUUGGAAGAUUUAUUUUUAAUAACUUUGCCUUUUUUGCAGAUUAAGAAAUUUCUAAAUUAUAAAUUAUGUCUCAAAGCAAAAUUAUAUUUGGUAUCACCAUAAAUUUCUAUUCUGAAUGGUGAGAACUGAUAAUUUGACUAUUCCUCACCUGUGAACCUUGUUAAUAAGUUUUUUUUUUAAUUUAAUGUACUAUAAUGGAAUGAUUAUGAGUAGUUACCUCUGUUCAAAAGUGUCAUUUAGUUUGCAAAACAAUUUGCAGAGUCCCGUUAUAAUUGUCACUAGAUAACUGUCCAUACCCAGUGAUUUGGUUUUGUCUCCAUGUGUACUCACUAAAGGUUGUAGCAGAGCAGCAUACUGACUUCCUUAUUUCCCUCCUCAGACAGUGAAGGGAAAGCCAGGGGUAGUAGAUUUGAACUUCUCUGACGAUUUGUCCGUCACGUUAGCUGCUUAAAAUUCUUCAGUUAUCAAAACUGAGUUUGCAGUAAGUUGCACAUUUUAUUGUUUGCAGUUUUCUCUUUUAUGUGCAUUUAAAAGCCCUUUUCUGCUUUCUAGUAAGGAGGCAUGAAAUGAUCAGGAAUGUUGCCAGUUAUAGCUUCACACCAAAAAUUUUGAGUAAAUUCAUUUUUGUUUAGAUGCCCAGGAUGAUAGCCGAGGAAAGGGCAUCCUCAGAAGGUCCCUGUGUAGGGGUGAGGAAUUACAAAAACAGAUUUUCCCUCUUGUUUCAUCUACUUUCAAAACAAGUGUAUCCAAGCUUGCAGUUGGCUUUGCUCUUGCCGUUUGUUGUGAGUCCCGUUUUGGAAGAGAAGAACUUCUGUAAGCCCAGAGAGAUCCGUCACGUUUCUCUUCUAGCUAAUGGAGCAGUUCUAGUCUAUUAAUAGUAGAGUUACUAUUAAUACACAAAGAGAGGAAUGAAGUGUCUUUUACUCCAGAAAUAUGAAAAUGAGCAUCUUUUAAAAUAGCACUUGUGCUAUCUAUCAUAAGGCAAUACUGGAAUCAGAAACAAGUCUUAUAUGAGGUCCUAAUUAGGUGGAAACUAGCUUUUUUUUAAAUUUUAAUGUUAAACCCAUGAGAAGUAGUGGCAGAGAAGGUUCACUCUGUUUCUCCAGUUCUUUGGGACCAUUUAUAAAGGCCAGUUAGGUUCUGUUAAUGUGAUUUAAUUUACAGAGUAGCAGUUAAUGGAUACAUUCGAUGCUCUGAGAAUCUGAAUCCCAUUCUCAUGUAUUCUGUUUACUGGCUGUGAUCUGUAGCAUCUGAAGAAGAGAUGUGUUUUCUCUCCCUUACUCUCUCUACGGAAUUGUUAAUAUUAUUUUAAUUAAAGUACUUAUUUUUUUUUUUUUUCUGUAAAAAUGGCUUAACAAUUUGCACAUCUGGGUAGGUUAUGUAGCUAGUAUACAAUCCACAAUAGUAAAUAGCAAUUACACUUAACACACCAAGUGACAGAAAGCUUUUCUAAUUAUCAUUGUGUAGUUUAUACGACGAAAGAUUUUCUCUAGUAACCUACCAUGUGUGAUAUAACUGCUUUAUAAAUGACUUUCUGAGCAAUUUCAUGUUGGCAAGCAGUGUGGGGUGUCUAGUGUCCUUCUAUGAGCUUAUAAUUUAAGGAGAAAAUUCACUGGGUAUGGCGAUCUAGUUGGAAAGUGUUUAUUCCCCACCCCCACCCCGCUUCCUUAAAAUUAGUGUUACUAUCUGUAGUGGCUUAAGGCUAAAGAAAUCUAAUACUUUAUCUUUGCCAAAUAAUUAUUUAUAAGACUUAUUUCUUAAAUAGCUGAUUAGUUAUUUAAAAGCCCAUUCUCUCAAUGUUAAGAAUCAUCAUUUUCUAUGACUAACACUAAAACUUUUCCUUAUCAGAGUUCAUAUUCACUCCAUGAUCACAAUCCACAGAGGCAAAGGCACCUCUUUGAUUAGGUAGGAAAUGAUGUCCUUGAUACACAGAGGUGCCCUAAUUCUACAGUUUUCUUAUAUGAAAAAUGUAUAUUCCUAUUGACUGGCGCCACUCAGUUUUUAUAAAUUGGCACUAGAAUUUGAGCCCAUGUAGGUAAAUUCAUUGGUAUUUGGUAUUUGCCUGAAAUCCUGCCUGCGAGCCCUUCAGCAUGAUGUAGGGUGGUGGUGAUGGUAGGUAGCCGGCAUCAGGAGCCUGAGGCCUUUUCUUCAAGUUAGCUUAAAAGGCUGUUGUGAAUUGGGAUUUCAAAAAGGUGGAGAUAUUAAUAACACUAAUUAUUCAAUAGGGUUAAAUUCAUUUUUAAAAAAUUUAGGUGCCUACCUUUCAAUUUCUUCAUCCUUUUUCUUUUUAGCCUUUAAAAAAAAUUUGAUUAAAAUUCUUAAUCUGGUAUAUAGAAUAAUCUAGUACAGUAUUCUCAUAAAUGAUCAACAGAACUCUGAAGUUUAAUGAGGCAAUUUGAAGGAUUCCUUGAAAGAAAAUGUAGUCAUACUGAACAGCCUUCAUUUGUAUCUGUUCCAUCACUGACAUCUACAUUGUUCCAAGGAUUUUUUCCUAACAAGAAAUAUGUUUCUUACAGGAAUAUAUAUACGUAUAUAUACAUGAAAGAACUUAGACUUUUUCCUCUCAAUAAAUUGGAAAUAAUUGAACCUUCACUGGCAUUCUAUAGAAAAGUAAAAUAAUUUAAUGAUUUCUUAAUAUCUUGAACUUUAUAAGCCUUUCUAGAUAUCAAAUCCUGGAGAGAACCAAAACUCAACGUUUUGUAAAUUAAAGAAACAUUUUAAAAAUGCUACCUUUCAAAAGAUUUGUAACGAAACACUGGUGAAGAGCAUAUUUGGUUAUCUGUUAAGCAUUUUCCCCUGCCCAGUGAGUUAGGAAAGAAAACAUAAAACAUAUAUGAAUAGUUAGUAACCAGUGGGUCAACUUAGGGAGCCUUAUUUCUAAGUAGCAAAAAUAUUUUUUCACUCCAGUUCUUCUGUUUUCUUAGCUUUCCUCUCUCUGCACUGUGAUACAGCACUAACAGAGGAAGUGUGGUGUUUCAGAGAGAGAACAGAUUGAGUAUGACUUUCUUUACUCUGGUCCAGCAGUGGUUAAAAGCUCGGCUGCUAACCAAAAGGUCAGCAGUUUGAUUGUACCAGCCGCUCCUUGAAAACCCUAUGGGGCAGUUCUACUCUGUCCUGUAGGGUUGCUAAUUAGUCAGAAUAGACUUAAGCGAGGGCAACGGGUUUGUUUGUUUCUACUCUAGCUUCCCUAAUAUUGGAAAUGUUUGGCUAGUUUGAAUGGCAGUCUUUGGUGAUUUAAAGUUUAGUCUGAAGAAGAAUCUUACAAGAGAAAGACCUCUCUAACUCUUCUUCAGCUACGUGGGGCAGCAGAGCUUUCUUUCUUCCCUUCUGCCCACUUACCUCUACCCACCCCCAGUACUAAAGUGUGCAUGCGUUCUAUACUGAUCCUGGCCUGAGAGUCAUAGAGUCCUCUUCUUUCACUUGGUUUUGUUUGUUUUUUAAGCUGGGGACCACUGAAGUAAACUCUAUAUGCACCCACAGUUCCCCUUGGAAAAUUUUUCAACAUGCAGUGCAGAAGGCUCCAAUGCAGCUAAAUGCCACACCCUUGCUUUUACUUGGGGAAUAAACUGAUUUGCCCUGAAAUGACUCCAACCUGCAUUACGAAGGUACAGUUGGCCCCAGUGGAUGGCGCUGAAAUGAUGGAAAGUUUGAUACCUGUUGACAUUGUCUUCAUCUGUUUAGAAGGGUUGAAUCAGUUCCUCUCAACAGUGAUAAUUGUUUUCACUGUAUAGUGUUGAGUAUGUCUCAGGGAUUCCUUGUGGAAGUUAGGGCAGUUUUUCAUUGUUGUUUGUUUGUUUUUUUUUUUUUUUUAAAGAAAAUAAUUUUAAACAAAACUAAAGGUGACUCAUCAUUGAAGAGAGCGCAAGAAAGUGAAAACAUUUGGUUUUGUAGUCCGCAGUCUCUUGCAUAGGACGUUUUUUCCUUUCUCCUUCAGGCUCUCAUCUCAGCUUCAGCAUACAGAAUCCUUUCCCAUCACACACAGCUUUAAAACUUUUAUUUAAAAAUUUACUUCCCCAAUGAGCUUUCAGAAUACUUAUUGUAGAUUUUAAGAGAAAGGUAUAUUAAUUUAUGCUAUUAACAUCACCUCAUAAAUUAUAAGUUUUAUACUAAAGCUGUAUUGAGUGUAAUGAAUUAUGUUGCCUAUGUGUUUAAUAGCUAAAAAUUAUAUAUGAGCUUUUUUUUUUUUUUUUUUUUGGACAAAACAAACUAGUGAAGCACCUUUUUACACUGGAUCUCUGCCGUGUCAAGGUGUAUAGCUAUCCUUUGCUACCUUGCAGAUAUAGAAAAUAAAAGGAUAUCCUGGGGCCUCAAAAUGUAGAACACCUUUAGACCAUUUAUUACUGCUCGUAGAACAGUUGAGAAUUAUGUUCUUUAGUAAAUGAUCUGUGGUUUACACUUAAGAUGGCUAGAAGCUUAGUUACAGGGUAAGUAGAAAUACAUAGAUCAAGUAAAACUCCAACUACUGUAGCUGGAAUUUGUAAACUAAGUUUUUAAGACCUCUUUUAUUUCCUAUGGAUUUAUUCUUUAAUUUACAGUUUACCUGUAAGUUGGGAAGUAAAAUAGAGAGAAAAUAUUAAAUCUAGAUGUUCUCAGUGUCUUAUUCAGGAACUUUUUAUCCCUCCUCACUAAGGAAUUCCCACUGUGACUUAAAAAUAGAAUUAAAUUGUGUGCAUGUAUAUGUCUGUGUUUUUACACACAUGCAAAAAUAUACAUUGGAGGCACAUGUGUGAGAGAUAUGAAUGUAUGCUUAGGUAAAAAAUAGGGAAAGGUAAUAGAAUGUGUUGUAGAAAUAUGAUUUAUUUAGUUGAGAGUAUUGGAGUUACUUUCUCAUUGUCUCUGUUGUAUAAAUACACCAAAUUCUUCAUGAUGUUAUUUUAAAAGGCUAGUUCUGAUAUCAUGUGUAUUUUAUUUUAACCUUUUGGUUAACUUAUGUUAUGCUAUGUUUUUAAAACGACACGAGAAACAGCAAGUUCUAAGACCAGCCUCUCACUUUUGAGCAUGAAAAUGGAGACAGACAGACCAGCCCAGAUAUUAGCUGUGUUUGUUUCUUGGAGUGGUGGGACCAGAGAGCUGUCGAACCUUUUUUAUGUUAAUAAUAGAUUUCUUUAUACUUUGAGUUAGAAAAUAUUGUUGAUCAUCUUUUCUUCCUAAACUUAAGAAAAAUUAUAGGCUUUUAAUUUUAUAAAGAAUACCAUUUUUUUGAAGGGGCUACUUUGUUUAAAGAGUUGGUGGGAUCAUUACACCAUUGUGUAUUUCAAAACGGGGGUGAUGUCAGUUAUUUCCAAAAAUUCUUUAAAAAUUACUCAGUUGUGCUAUUAUUUAUGAGGUUAGAGUGUCUCCCUCCCCCAUAUUUUGGCUAUAGGAAAAAUUAUGCUGUCAUUGACUUUUACCUGAUUCAUAUGGAAUUUUUUAAAAAAUGCAUUCUUAUAUUUUGAGGCAUAGUUGUCAUUUUGCUAUAUAGUCAUUACAGGAGCCUCAGAUGGUCUAAAGUAGUCAAAACUAGAUUUGUUUUUAAAUGUUCCAGUCAUAUUUAUUUUUAAUAUAAAAAUUCACAUACUUUGAAAUAGUCAAAACAACUUCUUAUAACACACCUGAAUUUGUAGUUGUCUUUGAAGCCUUGUUUACUUCAUUUUAAAUACAGUCAAGACUUAGGAAAGCUUUAUAUGUUGUUCUUUUUUACAGUUGUAUUUUUGCAGCAUCUCCCCGUUUCAUUCACUCUUGUGGAUUUAAAAAAAAAAAAAAACUGCAUAUUUCUUGUACAUAUGCAUGCAAAUGAAAGAAGGGAGUUUGUAUUGGUGCCAUUUCUCCCUUCAGUUGCUGGUUAAUGGGAUUUGCUAGAAAAAAUUCCCCCUGAUUGGAGGGUGAAAAUAGACCCUUUGUGUAUAUCUGUACAGAGAUGUGUAUAUGGGAUGUGGUGGCACUUUGCUGAAUGUGAACUUGCCUUGUCCAUGGAAUGAUUGAAAAGUAUUAUGUUUAUUUAUACAUUUGUAUAAAUCUAUAUAUACACGUAUGUAUAUGUGUGUGUAUAGAUAAAGCUAUAUACAUAUAUUUCCCUAAAAAAUGUGUGUGUAUAAUAGGUAAACAGCCUUUAUUAAGCAAGAUUAUAUGUCUUUGGAAAUUCUGGAUUAUUCUGUGAACCAGAGGAGGUGACGGUCUACAGCAUAUCGUUAGAGCAUACUAAAAUGGAAGUCCUUUGGAUUAUAGUCUUGUUUAUGGUUAUUAUAAAUGAAUACCUGUCAGAACUGAUGCCAAUUCCACUAAUCUUCAUCAUCUUCACUACCUUCUACUAGUCAAUCUCUCGUCAUCUUAAAAUCAUACUUAGUUAUGUUCUUUCGCCUUAGUAAUGUACUUUCUAGCUAAAAGCAUUUUGCUUAAGCAUAUUCUUUUAUUAACACCUCAGUUCUUUCCUUUAAAGAUCUUUAUCUCUGAAAUUCCCCAGAAGAUAUAUAUUUUGGUAAUAUUUUGUAUGGUAAUUUUGAGAAUUUAACAUUCAUCUUUGUCUCAAAAAAAAAAAAAAAUCCAACCUUCAGACCAAACUAAUUUGAAAAUAUUACCUAGAUAAUUUUAGGACAGUAACUUAAAUUGAAAAAGAAUGUAAUUAGGAUUUUUAUGAUUGAUGGUAGUAUCAAGUUCAUUUCCUCAGUUAUAGUCAUAGUUUGUCAUUUUAAAAUUUUGGUUUAUUUUGUAGCUUCUCAUAAAUUUACCAUUUUCGUUUUAAUGGAAAGCCUACCAAGUUACAUGUAAGCCUCCUGAAUUCUGUAACUAACUCAUUUUAUUCAUGAAACUGCUUUAAUGAAUUCUUCUGUAAUGAAUUCUGCUAUAUUUCCUUUUGACUUUUCUCACCGUUGUGACAUUCUCUUUUAAUUUUGCUGCAGCUCUCUAGAAAACUUGCAUCCCUAUAUAUUGUGCCUUUAAAGCUCUUAUGCACACACAGACAAAAGUGUAUAUAUACAUGUUGGAGCAUGUGUACAUAUACUUUCGUAUAUACUCACACAGUAUGUCUCUAGCAUAUAUUGUGGGAGUGGAUAUAUAGAUAUUCAAAGGCAAUGAAAUGUUGCUCUCUAGAUAUAUAUGUAUAUAAAUAGUGUUAAUAUACUGUAUAUACACAUGUAUAUGUAUGAGUUUUAAAUGGCAAUCUUUUACAUUUAGCAAAAUGCUGCCCCUACUGGAAUAUUGUCACUGCAAUGGCAGUUGUAUGUAAUGAUCUAAAAUACAUUAUCAAAAAUUAUUUAAAGAACAUUUGAAAGUCUCAUCUAAAGACAUCCACACAUUAUUUAUUUAUCUUCUUUUUCCUUUUAUUGUUAUGUUUUUUUAACUGAAAGGGAGACUGUCAUUAAAAAAAAAAAAAUGCCAUCUGUCCCAUGGCAGUAACAAGGAGCUGGAGAUUCACUAGAGGAGCCUUGUGCAUUUUUCCUCUCUCUGAGAUGAAGAUGUACCAUAACCCAGCCUGUUUAUUUCAGUUAUAAAGCUAUCCUAAUAUUGUCAUUAGUUUUUUUAUGCCAUCUAUCAUUUCCUAGAUCAACUUAAUUCACCAAUUUGCCUCUUCCUUUCAUUAAUAAAUAAUGAUCAUUAAGAUCAUUUUGCCAGAAGGAAGUUAACUACUCUCUAGCUGCAGGGAAAUCUAUCGCCUAAUUAUUAUUCUGCCUUGUUCAAAAUUCAACUUUGAGAGAAGGCAGAUCUCUCAUGAAGCUGUCUUAAGCAUGUUUUUCCUUUAUUUGCUUAAAGGCCUCUGCCAAACAUAUUUUCUGAAAGAACUCUGAGUCUGCAUGUACUUGACGUAAAUUUCAUUCUUAUUCCCCACAGCUUCAGGUAUUUUUCAUCAGUAUAUCAGUUUGACAUACUGAAUGCAAGAACAUUAAGAAAAAAACUACUGUUAUUUUUUGGUGAGUUGGCAGCAGAUUACAUCUCAAGACCUUACAGAGAGAGGAAGGUACAUGGACAAUCCUAGACUGUAACGUUACGAAAAGCAGUGGAGUAAGGUUGCCCCUGAAGACUAUACUAGAGAGGUUGGGGUUUGGGUGAUUUUACAGAGUGGCUUAGCCAGAACUUGAUAUCAGGAGCAGCCUUUAACAAAAAUCCUCUUGGCAAUUGUAUGAUACUAACUAGAGUACUAAAGUGUAAAUUGAAACAAGUUGCAGUGGGAAAUCAAAGGUGAGGUAACUUAUUUGAAACCAGUAAAGGAGAGACAGGUUGCACAUUUUAAAAAUCUCUUUUAGCAAAGUAACUGCACGGUAGCAAGGACUAGCCGUUCUCAAAUCCCUUCUUUUGUGUCCUCAUUCACCUUGGCACACAAGUAUGUUUAAUAGGCCAUACAUUAAAAAUAUUUCCAAAAAAAAAAAAAAAAAAA